AUGCCUGCCCGCGCGUCAUCCUCCUCAACACCGCUCCGUUCCUCAUCUGCUCUGCGCAAGAGAGAUUCGCUGGGGCAGCCCGUCUGCAGAAGCCCCCUCUCACAAAUCAACUCGAACAGCCAGCCUCUGGCGUCAACUAGCAAGUGUAGAAUGAGCAGCAAGAUCCGCUGUCCCCCAAGUCCCAUCAGAGUCGAUGCUGGCGUCGACCGCUCAACUAUCCGUCCCGUUCCGUCUCCGAGGCACUUCGUCUAUCAAAUACCGAGCCCGUCAAGCCUGCGUCCGCCUGCGUCGUUGCCCGGCUCUGUCUACCAAGCGUCUCCAGUGCCAAGUCUGACUCGCAAGCUGUCGCAAAUAUACCUCGGCCAGGAAAAAAUAGCCAAAGCGCCCCCCACAAAGGGACAUGUGCGUGCGGCAACAGUCUCGGGUUACAAGCCCCAACGUCUUGGUCCCUUUAAGUUGUUGGACGCACUGCCCCACGGCAUAUACGGCAAGGGCUACGUUGCGCGCGAUACUGGCUCAGGACGUGUUCUUUGCACUCGCGUGUUUGAAAAAAGCAAAAUGCACGGCGACGCAAACUUGGCACAUGCCCUGCUGACAGAACUACUGUGCUACAAGCGUAUAUCGACACGGCCUAAGGCAGACAGGGCGUUCCUCAUGGAGCUACAUGGCGUGCUGCAAAACGAAGAGCAAGUGGUAUUUGCAAUGCCUUUGAUGCAAUGUGAUCUGUUGUCAGUGAUUCGAGGACACGAGGACAGACAGCGGACGCGCUGGUGGGUUGCCCAAAUUGCACUUGGCAUCCAGGCGCUACAUGACAUGGGAAUCAUCCACCGCGACAUCAAGCCCGAGAAUAUACUGCUGGACGCGCGUAGCGAUACGAUUCGCAUCACCGACUUCAAUGCAGCGUUCUUGAGCCCAGGGAGUGUCCCCCUUGAGCACGGCGAAGUGUACACCCAGGAAUUUGUGGGGAGCAAGCCGUAUUUGGCGCCCGAAGUUGCGCAGCGUCUGUGGUACGGCAAGAUGGUCGACUGGUGGGCGCUCGGAUGCACGAUGUUUGAUCUUAUCUCAGGCGAGGUACUGUUCCCAAAUGAAGCACAGCGUGCAAAAUAUCUCAAGUGGGACCCCAAGAAAGAGGGCACUUCGUUCCUGAGAUGGGUGACCGAUCUGAGUCGUGAAGAAGAGAGCGUUCUGGUGGGGCUUCUGAACAAAAGCCCCCGUUGCCGGUUCCAAUUGAAGGACCUCCAACGGCACCGUUACUUCGUAGACGAGAAGGGAAUCAACGUCUUCGAGACGCUCGAGGCUCAGACCCAUUGGAUACCUUCAGCUACGGCGGGCAUCCCGGAAGACAAUAGCUCAGAUACUAGCCCAGAAUUGGCGUUGAGGCCGCUAUACCAAUUCGCGGCCCGGCCAAGUCGAAGCGGCACGGAUGGGCUCCAUGAUUUUGGAGAAUUUGCAUGGGUAAACCCAGGCGGGCUCUGGGGCUUGUUGUGA